AUGUUUUCCAUUCUAAGUAUUAGUAGAUUCGUAGCGCUACUAUCUUGCACAAAUUUACUAUAUGGCCUAAUUCCUUUAGUCAUCUUGCAGCAAGCUAUAGGCGAUGAUUCUUGCUAUGAUAAAGAAACCUUAGGACGAAAUUACAAUGGCAACGUCAAUUUUACCAAGACUGGAGCUAGAUGUCAAUCUUGGAGUCAAGUUUCCUACUACAACUUCGAUCACAACUAUUGUCGAAAUCCUGAUCUCAAGGAUGGAGGACCUUGGUGUUAUUAUAGCAAUGCUAUCAGCAGGUAUAAUAACAGUUGGGAUUAUUGCCCAAUUCCUCCUUGUAAAUGGAAAGAUAUUGAUCGAUGCAGUAAUAGUAACGGCGGUUGCAGUCAUAUUUGUCUAACCACACAAAGUUCCUACUACUGCAGCUGCCCAAAGGGGUUAAGAUUGGCUAGCGAUGAUAAGCAAUGUGAAGACAUCAAUGAAUGCGAUUAUGAUGAUGUUUGUGAAUUUCUAUGCCUAAAUACUUAUGGAUCUUAUAAGUGCAGCUGUCCCAAAGGAUACUCGAUAAAUGCUAACCAAUGCCUUGAUAUAGAUGAAUGCAAAUCUGAUCGUAAUAUUUGCAGUCACAAUUGUCAUAAUAUACAUGGAUCAUUUCUGUGUUAUUGUCCUAGCAACUUAACACUCGGUAGCGACAAAAGAACUUGCAUUAAUCAGACUCAGAUAGCCAAUUUUAAACCCAAGCUAAGAAUUGAAUGCAACCAUGACUAUAUCAAGAAUCGACUUCGAAAUCGACCUGAUCACCCAUCUGGUCUCAUCACUCGGAAAAAAAUAUUACGGUUAGCUUUCCUAUGCUCCUAUUCUAAUCAAGGUUGGAUAGGAAUUGCUUAUAAUCCUGAUAAUAAGCCUCUAAUAUCCCAUAAUUGGCAUAAAGGAUAUGGCAAUUUUUCCUAUUUUGCUAAAAUUUAUCCAACAGCAAGAUAUUUUAAUGCGUUCCCGCCUAGUGCGUAUCCACUGCCAUUGAAAUUAAAUCAACGAGCAUAUCUCGAAUUUGGUGUACACGCUGGUGAUGCGAAUUUGCGAGUAGCUGUCGAGAAUUGCUUAGCUACACCUGAUACGAAUAUAAGCGAUCCUAUUCACUACUGGAUUAUCAGAAACGGGUGUAAUGAAGAUAAGACUAUUAAGAAGCAUUAUUCAAAAAUCUCUAAAACUGUUCGGUUUAGCAUCAAGGCAUUUUCAUUCUUAUUUAAUCAACCUUUCAUAUUCAUACAUUGCCAACUUAUGGUUUGUCCUCUGCAUGAUAACCUAAGUCGUUGUGCUCAAGGUUGUCAAAGAACAGUAACUUCCGGAAACCGUAUUAGACGGGAACUUGGUCAAGAUGAAAAAGUUUUCUCUAGUAUCGUUUCAGUUGGUCCAUUGUUUAAACUUGGUAAUUAA